UUGACGUCGGUUCUCUGACUGCCGCGUGUUGGCCUGAAACGGAAUCAAAACAAACCCCUAAACUGUCCCCCGGUGCUCGGGUGCUUUUAUUUUAGUUCCCGAUGGAUCUUCCAUGUGUCCAGUGGCAAGAUCACGUUGCACAGAAAUGGACCGGACUCGACCCCGAGCUAAAGGAGCAUUUUACAUCCCUGCUUGAAGUAGACGAUGUUUUUAAAUACACGCUGACUCUGACAACCCAAGAUGAUCUGGACUUUGUGCAGUCGGUCUCUGCAGGAUACUCUGUACAGAAGGACACAGAACAAGCAGCCAAAUGCAGGGAGAGGGGCAACUCUAGCUUCAAGAGCAGAGACUACACUGCAGCCGCUCUGCACUAUUCACAGGGCAUAUGUUGUGCUCCCCAAAGUUCGGAGCAGCUGUCUCUGUGCUUUGCCAACCGCUCCGCUGCGCUCUACCAUCUGCAGCACUACCAGGAAUCCCUUGAUGAUAUUGACAAAGCUCUAAAGAAUGGCUAUCCCUCUCAUCUUUUACACAAACUAGAGGACCGCCGCACGCAGUGCCUCAAACACCUCUCUGCAGGCCGAAAGGCAAAAGAGGAUCAUCACAAUCCUGCCUCAAAGAAUAAUAAAGGUCCAGACAGAGAGGGACCUCUCACAUUUGGCAUUUGUCCUCAAGCUGCUGUCAGCUUCAGCCCAGAGAAAGGUCGACACCUGGUGGCUGCAGAGAGGAUAGCAGCCGGGGAGGUGAUCCUCAAUGACAGGCCGUACAGCUGUGUCCUUAUACCAGGGAUGGAGGAGGUGAAAGGGACGGGAGGAAGAGAGGACACGGAGAGAGGAGUGUUGCUUGGAAUGGAGCACAGGCGCUGUCACAGGUGUUUGACUGAAACACUGUGUCCUGUGCCGUGCGAGGGGUGUAACUACAGCCGAUACUGUUCAGCUUCCUGUCAGCGAGACGCCUGGGAAGAGCAUCACCGCUGGGAGUGUCCGCUCGCAGCAGAUCUGAUGGUGAUGGGUGUGAUGUUGCAGCUCGCUCUGAGGGUGACAAUGAAGGCGGGGUUCAAAAACAUCCAAAUGGCCAGGGAUCCAAUCAGAGACAAGCACACAAAGUCAGAGCCAAGCUGUCUAAGCAGGGAGUCCGGUGAUUCCUAUGCAAGUCAUGCUUCAUAUUACGGUGACUCUUAUCUGAGCGUGUUUCACCUGCUGCACCACCUGAAACGCCACAGCCCUCCUCUGCGUUUCCUGUGUGCGGUUACCGUGGCAACGCUCUACCUAAAGCUCAGCAAGGCAGGACCUCCACCUGCAUCUUGGGACCUCAGUAGACCUUCGGAGGGGAACAACCAAUCACAAGACGAGGAGGGUGGUAUCGCAGAUUGGAGCUCGGAGCUGUGGCUGCUGGGAAGUGCAGUUCUGAGGCACAUCCUGCAGCUGAUGUGUAACGCCCAGGCAAUCGUCACGCUGCAAGAUACAGGAGCAACAACCACGGCAGUGCAGUCGAGCAGGGAAAUCCGCAUUGCUACGGCAAUAUUUCCAACUCUAAGUCUUCUGAAUCAUUCCUGCUGUCCCAACACAAGCCUGGUGUUCAGCACUGGAACCGGUGCUGAUCCCUCAGGUUCAGAUGUGUCUGCAGAUCUCAGUGAGAGUGUAUCUGAGGACAGAAGCACAGCCCGCGGAGUGACUGUAACUGUCAGAGCAGCCAAAGUUAUCACUCCUGGACAAGAGAUCCUGCAUUGCUAUGGUCCCCACAGCAGUAGGAUGGUGACCCAAGAACGCCAGCGUCUCCUGCAGGAUCAGUACUACUUCCUGUGUCAGUGUGAGGCCUGUACUCAGCAGCAGCAGCAGGAGGAGGGUACAGAGGGUACAGAGAGCAGAGAGCAGAAGUCAGAUGCUGGAAAUCUACAUAAGUCUGGUCUCCUGUGUUGCAAGUGCAAAGGCCCUCUCAGAAAAAGCAGUGAGGACAGAAGGAUAGAAUUUAUAUGUUCGCACUCAACCUGUGGUCACCGUAUGCCUUCAUCUGAAGUGAGUCACAGGCUGCAGGGGAUCAGGGUCGCCCUGGAGGAGGCUGUGGACCUCAUGGAGAGAGAGAAGCCAGAUGAGGCUCUGAGACUGUUGAGAAGGACCCAGUGUCAGUCCGGACUGAUCCUCGCAGAGACACACCCACUGCAGGGGGAGCUGGCAGAUGCCACAGCCAGAGCAUAUGCCACAAUGGGUGACUGGGACAAUGCAGCCUCCCAUCUGGAGCGAAGCACUGUAGCUAUUGGCUCCCAGUACGGAGAGGACAGUAUUGAACUGGCUCGUCAACUCUUCAAAUUAGCUCAGCUACACUUCAAUGGUGGUGCCAGAGGCCAAGCUCUCUCUGUCAUCCCCAAGGUCAGACACCUCCUCUGCCUUCACUGUGGCCCUCACUGUCAUGAAAUACAGGAGCUGCAAGCUAUGGAGAACUGCCUACGAGGCUAGUCUUACAUGUACACAAGAGUGGAAAUCUUAACAAUGUGAUUCCAGUUGUGAACUUUGAAUACUGAUUAAAAUCUGUUAAAUCUUC